AUGGCUUACCAAGAGGAUCCCAAACUUCUACCUGACGUUAUAGACGAGAUUGCUGCAACGGAGCCGGAAUCGCUCUAUGGGAAAUAUCCAGCUGAUCCGUCAAACUACGAUGCCGGGUUUAAAGAUGUCACGUAUCGCCAGUUAGCUAAUGCUAUAAAUGGAGUUGCUCAAUGGCUAGAGAGCGAAAUUGGACGUGGGGAUCCGGAGCGCACUCCUACCAUCGCGUACAUCGGGCCUAAUGACUUUCGUUAUAUCUUCGCCUUCGUAGGCGCUAUCAAGGCGGGAUAUAAGAUAUUUCUCACCAGCCCUCGCAACACUGUUGCGGCUCAUUUGUCUCUACUGGAGAAUCUAGAAUGCACCGAGAUCAUCGUAUCCGGGCCGGUCCCUUCCUCCGUAGAUGAAAUACUACAGAGGAGGGAGAUGCGGUUGUUGAGGAUGCAAGAAAUUGAGCAUCUCAUUAGCCAUAAUUAUGAGCCAUAUCUCUAUCAAACAACACUAGAAAAGGCUAAAAGGGUUGGAUCAUUCGUCUUAUACACCCAUGAAUUUAUCCUCCGGACAGCCAGGACCUUGUCGCUCUCGCCUCCAAAUGGUUACACAUUAUUGCAAUCUCAUCUGGGUCACAACACCCACAUCCUCUUGCUUCCUCUCUUUCAUCCUGCCGGUGUUCAGCUUGCCAUUAUUAACGCCAUUUAUAACCGCUGUGUUGUGAUCCUGCCAUCAUGGCUAGGUCCUCCUUCUAUCGAGAGCCUCCUCGCCAUUUCACGUAAUGUGGAAGCUGACUGGGUAAUGGCGGCUCCUUUUACUUUGGAGGCGCUUGCCAAAGAUGAGGUAAUGCUGGACCAGGUUGCCUCCAGACUCAAGAUGAUUGUAUUUGCUGGAGGUGCUCUCCCAAAGAUGCUAGGAGACAUCAUUGCAAAGAAGAUCCGACUAGUGACUUUCUUAGGAUCGAGUGAAACUGCAGGGCUUCCAAUUAUAUACCCGGAGGACCUUGACACAGCUAAUGACUGGGAAUACAUGGCAUUUCAUCCUAAAAUCAGCGCCGUACUUGAACCCCGAACUGAUGAGGAUAGCUUCGAGCUUGUCCUAGAGAAAUCCGUGUCCACUCAGCCAUACCAGCCAGUCUUCAACAGAUUCCCAGAGCUAGAGAGGUUUAACACCGGCGAUUUAUUCAAGCAACAUCCUACGAGACCAGACAUGUGGGCACACGCAUCACGAGCAGAUGAUAUAAUUGUCUUUCUCAACGGCGAGAAGACAAAUCCCGUUUCAUUUGAGAACCAUUUGAGCAAGCACCUGGAUAUCGAAGGGGCGGUGGUAUUCGGAAAUCAACGAUUUGAGCCUGGAGUCCUUAUAGAGCUUAAGGAUAAAAGCACGUUGUCACCCGAAGAUAUAGAGGACUGGGUUAAAAGGCUAUGGCCGACUAUAGAACAAGCCAACCUAGACGCACCGACGCAUGCUAGAAUAGCGACAUCUCAUGUUCUAUUUUCGACGCCAGAGAAGCCAUUCCUACGGACCCCCAAGGGCACUGUUAUGAGAAAAGCCACGCUAGACCGAUACGUUGAAGAAAUCAACAAAUUGUACAAAGAUGUCGAAUCUACUGGCGUCGAGUCUUCUACCAACGCAGAGAGUCAAGUCGACUUAGAUGACUUGGAGGCCGUACUCACUGUGGUCCGAACAGCCUGUGAAGAAUCAACAACGCUUCAGGAAAUAGGGAUAAAUGAUGAUUUAUUAGCUCGUGGGAUUGAUUCCCUUCAGAUCUUGCGACUGUGCCGAAAUCUUAGGUCGAAAACUAACGUGGAAAAUCUGAAGCCUAUCACGAUCUACUCGAACCCUACGCUGAUUGGGCUUGCUAAAGCAAUUCAGAAAGCAGCUAAGGGACAUGACCAGUUUCUAAACGAGCAGGACACGCGUAGGUCAGGCCUCGAAGAGACUCUAGCGUUGUUCACGCGCCGUAUCGACCAACUAGCCGAGACUCAGUCCCAGACAGCAGGCAGGGAGCGAGGUGAAGGUACUUCCCAUGUCUGCAUUGUAACGGGAACCACAGGCUCUAUAGGGGCAUACGUUCUUCGGGCGCUUAUGGAGAAUGAGCAAAUUGAUACUAUCUACUGUCUAAACCGUGGCUCUGACUCUGCUGCAAGGCAGCGCAUCAACAACAGAGAAGUCGAUCCUCAACUACCCAUAAUAUUCCCAAAGACUGUUCACUUCAUCGAAGCAGACCUGUCCCAUGAUACCUUCAAUCUCGAACCGGAGCUCUUCCAAGCCCUAUCUUCGUCAGCUACGCUCAUUAUCCACAACGCCUGGUCUGUCGACUUUAACCUUCCUUUGCCAGCAUUCGCGAAGCACCUCGCAGGCGUUGAAAACUUAUGCAAGUUCUCUCUUCAAAGCCCCCAUCGCCCGGCAAUUAUGUUCCUAUCUUCUAUUAGCGCCGUUAUGGAUCUAGCUCUCAGCUCUGGCAAACCGGUUCCCGAGGAGAUCUUCGACGACUUGUCAGUCCCGGCUGCGGCUGGCUACGCCGAAAGCAAGUACAUAGCCGAGCGCGUGUUAUAUCACGCCGCUGGAAAGCUAAAUAUACCUGUCGUGGUGGCGCGCAUCGGUCAAGUAUGCGGUGCGACUCGCAGUCCAGGGCGAUGGAAUCCCAAGGAGUGGAUUCCGCGCCUCAUUUCUGGUUCUAUGCACCUAAGUGCUAUCCCCGAUUCAUUGGGUGCGUAUGGCACGGAUACGGAAGAUGUAGAUUGGAUUCCAGUCGACGUGCUUGCAGACGUCAUUAUCGAGAUUCUACUCAAGGGGGCUACUUCAAGCCGCGACCGACCAAGUCGUCCCCAGGUCUACCAUUUGAUGAAUCCAAAGCUUACAAGCUGGUCCAACCUCCUACCUGCUAUUUUAGAAGUAUCUAAGGAUCUUAAGCUAGGAUCAGACCAACAUGAGAACGUCAGCAAAGAUCCACUGGUUGUUGUCUCCCGCAAGGAAUGGCUGAGAAGACUUCGCGAAUCCGCCAACAAUCUCGAGGCCCAACAGGCUGGACAGAACCCAGAUCAUGUUAAUCCGGCGUUGAGGCUGAUUGACUUCUACGAAGAACAGCUUGCUGAAAAAUCAUUUCCUCAGUUUGAAAUGGCGAAUGCCGUCGCUGCAAGUGUCGUAUUACAACAGAGCGUCAGCAUUAGCCGUCAAGACAUGGAGAAGUGGGUUCGCCUGUGGCAUCAAUAA